UUCUUUUUUUGAUAUUCUCAUUCAAUACAGGACUUUAUUACGAGUGUUUUAAUGUCACGUCGCGAAAGACGCUUAACAAAAUGGAGCUAUCAAACAAACUCCGUUGGGACCAAUUCCUGAUUUUGGCAGCAGCACUUAUGUCACCUGCAUUAACGGUGCUGUGUAAUGAUAUUCUCAGCCUGAAGGUGGCAGGAGAUCCAGUGCUAACCCCUAACUCAGUGUGCCUGAGGCUGGCAGGCCUCAGCAAGCGUCAGAUGAGGAUGUGUGUGCGGAGCCCCGAUGUGACGGCCUCCGCUCUGCAGGGCAUCCAGGUGGCCAUUCACGAAUGCCAGCACCAGCUCCGGGAUCAGCGCUGGAAUUGCUCCUCACUGGAGGGACUUGGCAAGCUUCCCCACCACAACACCAUCCUCAACAGGGGUUUUCGCGAGAGUGCCUUCUCCCUGGCCCUGUUGGCAGCGGGCGUGGCUCACUCUGUGGCCUCGGCCUGCAGCAUGGGCAAGCUGCGGGGGUGUGGCUGUGAGGCCAAGCGUCGCCAGGACGAUGACAAGAUCCGCCUGAAACUCACACAGCUGCAGCUGCAGACCCUGCAGAAGGGUGGAGUAGGCCUCGCCAUGUCACGAUCGUUACCCUCAGAGCUCAACGGUCACCAUGGCGACCUGCCCGCUAACCUGCGCUCCACCCAUCCCUCGGCCCUGCUCAAGCCCAUACCAGAUGAGUUGAGCUCCAUGCAGGAGACGUGGGAGUGGGGGGGUUGCAGCCAUGACGUCCGUUUUGGGGACCGUUUUUCCAGGGACUGGCUGGACUCCCGCGGCUCUCCAAGAGACAUCCACGCUCGCAUGAGGAUACACAACAACCGUGUGGGACGACAGAUAGUGACUGACAACAUGAAGAGGAAGUGCAAAUGUCACGGGACAUCAGGGAGCUGCCAGUUUAAGACCUGCUGGCAUGUGUCUCCAGAGUUCCGGCUUGUGGGUUCUCUACUCAGGGAAAAGUUCUUGUCAGCCAUCUUUGUCAACUCCCAGAACAAGAACAAUGGGGUUUUCAACCCUCGAACAGGAAACAGCGCCGGCGGAAGCACAGGCGGACCCAACAGAGGUCGCCGACGGACCAUGUCCAGAGAGCUGGUGUACUUUGAGAAGUCUCCUGACUUCUGUGAGCACGAUGCCUCUGUAGACUCUCCGGGUACACAAGGACGCAUUUGCAACAAAACCAGCUACAGCACAGACAGCUGCGGCUCGUUGUGCUGCGGCCGCGGACACAACAUCCUGAGACAGACACGCAGUGAGCGCUGCAACUGCAGGUUCCACUGGUGUUGCUACGUGCUGUGUGAGGAGUGUCGUCUCACAGAGUGGGUCAGUGUGUGCAAGUAGAUCUCCAAGUCCCAGAUGCCUUUACCCAUCCCAGACUCAAGAUGGUGAGCCUGUCCCCUCGCCCACUCCUUUUGUUCGAGCCUUUGUUAUCCUCCUUGUGUAACUCUCCCAGAAGUCUGUUUAUCCCCCCUUUCCUUUUUUUGGGUCCAUCAUCUGGGAUCUAUUUUCUCUUUGUAGCCGCUGUUAUUCUCAAAAUGCCAAGUCAGAGAUUGAAGAGGUGACUCACGACAUUUGUCCUGCUAUGGUUGUUUAGACGCUGCCCUCUCAGCCAUGAAAACAGCAAAUACCCAAUCUUUUCUAUCCCACAAAACAAAGCAACAGUGAACAGCAAAGAAGCAUUUCUAUUUUAAUGUCUACAUGAUGACUCAUCACAUUGUACAAUAGGUGUGUAUUUAAAUGUGUACAUGUAUAUUUGUAAAUGUAUUAUUAUUAAUAUUAAGAUUGUGUUGUGCCUUUCUUUUUGGUUAUAGUUACUGACAGACUUAUGCGUAAGAGUGGUUUAGUGCUGUAAAACAGAG